AUUUAUUUUUUCCACAAAAUUUCUUUUUCACAAAAGAAAAAGAAAUAAAAAAGUGAACUUCAUUGAAUGGCUAAACCACACUAAUUAUUUUCCCCUCUAUAAAAGCUUUGUUUUCUCUCUCAUUUUUUCCUCCAAACUUUCUCUCUUCUUUUUUCUUUUUCUCUCUCCUCUGUUUCUCUUAAGUUAUGUCGAAGGCUAUUAAUCUUGAAGACAUUAAAAAUGAAGCUGUUGAUCUGGAAAACAUUCCAAUCGAGGAAGUGUUCGAACAGCUGAAAUGUUCCAGGGAAGGUUUGACAUCCCAGGAAGGAGCCGACAGGCUCCAAAUUUUUGGACCCAACAAAUUAGAGGAGAAAACGGAAAACAAAUUCCUCAAGUUUCUUGGGUUUAUGUGGAACCCCCUUUCAUGGGUUAUGGAAGCUGCUGCCAUCAUGGCCAUAGCACUUGCUAAUGGAGAUGGGAAGCCACCAGAUUGGCAAGAUUUUGUUGGUAUCGUUUGUUUGUUGGUCAUCAACUCUACUAUCUCUUUCAUUGAAGAAAACAAUGCUGGAAAUGCCGCAGCUGCCCUCAUGGCUAAUCUUGCUCCAAAGUGUAAGCUGCUUAGAGAUGGGCGAUGGAGUGAGCACGAUGCUGCAUUAUUGGUACCAGGAGACAUCAUCAGCAUCAAAUUGGGUGACAUUGUCCCUGCUGAUGCACGUCUUCUUGAAGGUGAUCCUUUAAAGGUUGAUCAAUCUGCCCUUACCGGAGAAUCACUCCCUGUAACCAAGAAUCCUGGUGAUGAAGUUUUCUCCGGUUCAACAUGCAAACAAGGUGAGAUUGAGGCUGUUGUGAUUGCCACUGGUGUCCACACCUUCUUUGGGAAGGCAGCCCAUCUUGUCGACAGCACCAACCAAGUUGGUCACUUCCAGAAGGUUCUUACCGCCAUCGGUAACUUCUGUAUUAUCUCCAUUGCUGUCGGUAUGGUGAUCGAGAUCAUUGUGAUGUACCCAAUUCAGCGCCGUAAAUACAGACACGGAAUCAACAAUCUGUUGGUUCUGUUGAUCGGAGGUAUCCCUAUUGCCAUGCCUACAGUGUUGUCUGUGACUAUGGCUAUUGGGUCCCACAGGCUAUCUCAACAAGGAGCUAUUACAAAGAGGAUGACUGCCAUUGAGGAAUUGGCUGGUAUGGAUGUUCUCUGCAGUGAUAAGACUGGUACCUUGACUCUCAACAAGUUGAGUGUUGACAGGAACUUGAUUGAGGUGUUUGCCAAGGGUGUUGACAAGGAGCAUGUACUUCUCCUUGCUGCAAGGGCUUCACGUGUCGAGAACCAAGAUGCUAUUGAUACUUGCAUGGUUGGAAUGCUUGCUGACCCUAAGGAGGCUAGAGCUGGAAUUAGGGAGGUCCACUUUCUUCCAUUCAAUCCUGUGGAGAAAAGGACUGCUCUGACAUACAUAGAUGGCAAUGGCAACUGGCAUAGAGUUAGUAAAGGUGCACCUGAGCAGAUUAUUGACUUGUGCAAUUGCAAGGAAGAUGUUAGAAAGAAGGUUCAUAAUGUGAUUGAGAAGUUUGCCGAACGUGGGCUCCGUUCAUUGGGUGUGGCAAGACAGGAAGUGCCAGAAAAGAACAAGGAGUCUCCAGGUGGACCAUGGCAAUUUGUUGGUCUGUUGCCACUUUUUGAUCCUCCAAGGCAUGACAGUGCUGAAACCAUCCGCAAGGCCCUUAACCUUGGUGUCAAUGUUAAGAUGAUUACUGGUGAUCAACUUGCCAUUGGUAAGGAAACUGGUAGAAGACUUGGUAUGGGAACAAACAUGUACCCAUCUGCUGCUUUGCUUGGCCAAGACAAAGAUUCAGCUCUCGCUUCCCUCCCUAUCGACGAGUUAAUUGAGAAAGCUGACGGUUUUGCUGGAGUUUUCCCAGAGCAUAAAUAUGAAAUCGUCAAGAAGUUGCAAGAGAAGAAGCACAUUGUUGGAAUGACCGGAGAUGGUGUCAAUGAUGCUCCUGCACUGAAGAAAGCAGAUAUCGGUAUUGCUGUUGAUGACGCCACUGAUGCUGCACGAAGUGCAUCUGACAUUGUUCUCACUGAACCUGGUCUUAGUGUUAUCAUCAGUGCUGUCCUAACCAGUAGGGCAAUUUUCCAAAGGAUGAAAAACUAUACUAUCUAUGCAGUUUCCAUCACAAUCCGUAUUGUGCUUGGAUUUAUGCUUAUCGCUUUGAUCUGGAAGUUUGACUUCUCACCCUUCAUGGUUCUGAUUAUUGCCAUCUUGAAUGAUGGAACAAUCAUGACUAUCUCAAAGGAUAGGGUUAAGCCAUCUCCAGUUCCCGACAGCUGGAAGCUUAAGGAAAUCUUCGCCACUGGAAUUGUUCUUGGAAGUUACCUUGCCUUAAUGACUGUCAUCUUCUUCUGGGCAAUGAAGGACACUGACUUCUUUUCUGACAAAUUUGGAGUAAGAUCCAUUAGAGACAGUCGCGAGGAAAUGAUGGCAGCUCUAUAUCUCCAAGUGAGUAUAGUAAGUCAAGCCCUCAUUUUCGUGACCAGGUCUCGAAGCUGGUCUUUUGUAGAGCGUCCUGGUAUGCUGUUGAUGGUAGCUUUCUUGAUUGCUCAGCUGGUGGCAACUCUAAUUGCUGUAUAUCCUAACUGGGCUUUUGCCGAGAUCAAAGGAUGUGGAUGGGGAUGGGCUGGUGUCGUAUGGCUCUACAACAUUGUCUUCUACUUCCCCCUCGAUGUAAUCAAGUUUGCCAUCCGCUACAUUUUGAGCGGAAAGGCAUGGCUCAACUUGUUCGAGAGCAAGACUGCUUUCACCUCCAAGAAGGAUUAUGGAAAAGAAGAAAGAGAAGCUCAAUGGGCUCUUGCUCAAAGGACCCUACACGGGCUUCAAGCACCCGAGUCUUCUGCCACCCUCUUCAAUGACAAGAACAGCUACAGAGAACUCUCCGAGAUUGCCGAGCAAGCCAAAAGGCGUGCUGAAGUUGCAAGGCUCCGUGAGUUGCACACACUCAAAGGACACGUUGAGUCCGUGGUGAAGCUAAAGGGUCUCGACAUUGACACCAUCCAACAGAACUACACCGUCUGAUAAACCCGAAUGAGCGAGAGUACCUACAAGAGAAGAGAUCCAAGACCUCCUCAAAGGGGGUUGUGUAGUUAAUGACGAAGACGUUUGCUAAUUCAAUGAAUGAUAAUGAAGGGCGGGUCUAAAUUCAAAAAGACCCCAAAUUGUGCAGAACUUUUUUUGUGCAAGAAAAAUUAUGGAGAACAUGUAAUUUUUAUGACAUAAAAAUGUCUCCUAAAACAGCCCAAAGUUUUUCCCUGCACUUUGCAUUAAGGUGCUGAGAGAAAAGCCCUUCUCAUUUGUUAACCAAGAGUGUUGUGGAUAGGAAAUUGUGUUUUGUUUUCCCUUCUCUUUUGUGGCAGGAAGCUACUGUUGUUACAUAAAUUUCAAUGAUAAAGAAACCCACCUUUUUUGUUGUCUCAAUGUAAAAUGCAUUUGUAUUCAGCCACUGUUUUAUGGUGGUUUGAAUACUGUUACUUGGCUUAAUUAUACUCCAUGUUUCACUC